UCAGUCUUGCCUCGAGUUGGUGCCUGCUGUAUCGAUUGAACUACGCAAACGCGCUGCAUGUUUAGUCUUCAAAAUUCUCUGUAAAUAAAUAAAGAAAAUUACCGCUUUAUCUCGGACGAUUACAGUGGACGAAAGUGGUCAAUUUGGCGCAGUAAACUGUGUUUAUAAAUGUAAAUUAGUCUUCCUUCGUUGGAUUAAGUUGACUUCUGAAAGUUUUAUCAGAUCCAAAAUGGCGAGCGCGGGGUGGAAGCAGCGAAGGCUCGAGUAAGCUUCGCCAGGGGUGGAGCCCUGGGCGAGAACAAUGCCACAGCCGCACAGGAGAAGAAAGAAGACUCUGCCCCGGAGCUCGAAGGCGAGAUACCACCUGAUCUAGACAGAUAUAUCCGGCGAUACCUGGGUCUGCCAGUGAUGCUGAAGGCAGGCGAGUACUCGCCCAACAACCCGCUGCUGGCGCGGGAGCGCGCGCCGGGCGACGCGCUGCUCGGGCUCGGCGAGUACGAGCGCCGCCGCCACACGCUGCGCAGGAUCCGCCAGCAGCAGUACCGGGAGUAUCUGGACCAGCAAGCAAAAAAGAAGCAAGAGGCGAAAGAGCAAGCGGAAAGGGAGCGGCGCGAGCGCGAAGAGAAAGAACGGGAACGCGAGGAGAGAGAGCGAGAAAGGGAGCGCGAGGAGAGGGAGAGAGAGCGCCAGGAGAGAGAGAGCCGCCAGGAGAUAGAAAGGGAGCGCCAGGAGAGAGACAGGGCGAGGAGGAUAGCGGAGAGACGCAGCCCGGAGAGAAGGAGAGCCAGUGACAAUUAUACUGGACAUGUAGCUACGUUCUCCUAUAACAAUCGAGUGGAUACAGGCGUUCAAGUGGACAGUGUGUCCGCGCCUUUAUCAGUGGCCGUUCAAACUGAUGAUUCAGAGCUAUUCAGGCUCCCCUCCCCAUGCAAGUCGCAGCUCACGCAAGCGGAGCGGGAGCUGUCCCCCCACACGGUGGCCCCCGAGCGCCCCCCGGCCGCGUGGGCGCCGCGCGGGGGCGCCGAGCGCCGCCGGAGCCUAGGGGACUUCGACGAGCGCUCCUCUACCCUGCUAAAGAAAUCGAACCGCGACAAACUGACGUCGGACCUCCGCCAUUCGUACAUGCCGUCCAUCUUCGAUGCAGACGCCAUACAGAUGCGCAACUUGCAGGCUGAGAAGGAGGCGGCAGCUCGGCGUCAAUUCUACCAACAAGAGUUGAAGAAUCAGAUUAUGGAACAACAACGGAUACGGGAAGAGAGGAAAUCUAGAGAGAAAAUGCUCGAACAAGCCGAGAUGCGGCGAUUGGAAGAACAACUGAGAAUGCUGCGCGUGGCUCAAGACAGAGAAAUGGAUAAACGGCAUCACAUUGAUACCGCGAUCCAAGAAAACAAAAUGGAAUACGACAAAAAGCGCAAAGAACUACAAAAGGACAUCGACAAUGAACAACUAAAGCUUUUACGGGCUCCGUUAUCCACAUCUCAACUCACUUCUCUGCCCAAACGAAUAACCACCUCCAAAAGCGACACCGACACCAAACUACCCUCAUACUUCCGAUCCAACUACCCUCGAAUAGAGAGGGAAGAAGAGAGACAGAUCCGCCCGCUAGAGAAAACUGAACUACCCCACGAAAUAAACUUCAGGCUAACAGCUAACGAGCCAACUCAAGAGAGAGUUUACCAAAACAAAGAACAUUCUCGGUACUCAGAGAAAUCUGAACCGUACGAGAGGAAACCCUAUUCGAUGAACAUACCCGACGAUUCUAUAUUCUCUCCAAACUAUGACGUCGAUAGUUAUUUGAGGAAGAACCUUAAUUUUAAAGAUAGAUUCGAUUUCAACCGCUACGAUUACGACGAUAUAGGCAAAGUUGCAGAAACAGAAAAAGUUCUUGUACACGAGAGACCUAAAUCUAAGAACGUUCCGAUUGCGAAAGAGAGGAAAAGUAUACAAGACCCUAUUGAUUCUUUACCCAUACCGGUUUUACGACAUUCGCCUGUAAUCCAAAGCGAUAGGGUCGAAACUGGUUCAAACUUGAGCGAGGCGAUGAGGAAAGUCGACGAUAAGUGGAAGGUACCAGUUGUUCAGAAGAACAUACUGAAAUCAGUUCCGAAUGAAGAAGGUAAAAACGUCAGCAUUUUGACCCAACUUGGCUCUAUCAGGCGACAACUGCAGUUAGAACAGCUGAAACUGGACAUGAUUUCCAAAGACGACGAUGUUUAGGUAGAUAUUAAAUAAUCAAUCAUACGUAAAUUUUGAGAAAACUUGAAAAUAAUUUGGUAGUAAAUUUACAUUACCGCAGUAAUAUAAUUCCAUCCAUGCUUGCUUAUUUAAUACCAAGUUAGAAAAUCUUCAGUCACUAAAUGUAGAGGGUAGUCUUUAAUAUGAAUUAAUGGGGUCGUACUAUGAAUUUUGAAGUAAAUAUCUUGCAAAAUACAGCGCCAUUUAAUCCCUAUCUAAGUAGACGUGAACUAUUCAACGGUACAUAGUAGAAAAACUCACUCAGACAUAAUAUACAUAUUUUAAUUCGUACAAAUGUUUGCAUUUUGCGGGGGUCAAACCCGGGACCUCUGACGUAGUAGCAGAGUUCUUAAUCACUGAUCUACUUCGGUCAAAAAUGAAAUUAUACAGGGUGGAAUUUUGUAAUGCCACCUGGAGGGAUAGUACUCUUAAUACUGUAGAUAGAAAAUUUUACUCAAAGAAAACAGUUCUUUAUUUUUUGAAAGAAAAAAAACUGCAUUCAAAGAUUACAGUUUUCCAUUAGUGACUGAACAGGUUAUAAUAAUAUGUAUAUUAAAAUUUUGAAAUUAGGAAAUAUUAUAGUGUUAUUGUACAACAAUAAUGAGGUGCUGAAUUCGGGAUUGAUGUCUUGAUAAGUCUUGUCUUGAUUGUUUAUAAAGAUUGAAGCGGUGUUAAUCGUUACUUGAGUUAUUUCAAAUAGAUCUCAUAAUUAUGUAAAAUUAUUUUACCAAAAAUUAGGAAUUUUGAAAAUGUUAAUUAUUAUUAAUAACUAAUUGUUUGGUGUCAAUUUUAAAUACUUAUAUUUUUCAGACAGUAUUUUUUUUCUAGAAAUCUUCAUCAUACUAUGUCAUACUAAUCAAAAUUAUUACAAAAAUGAUGAUUUUCCUCAAUGGAUGUUUAUUUUUGGUGUGUGAAUUUGUUUGAUACGCACGCACAUGAUAUCAACCUACCAGAAUAUGAGUACUCUCAAUUCAAUAUUGUACCUUAUUCUAAAAGCAUAUACCUAAUUGAAUAUUCAUUGGAGAAAUUGGUUAUGCUUUGGCGGUUGUUAAAGUGAAUGCUUUUUCAAUUAUUAUUGGUCUAAAACUUAACUCAAUCAGUGCCUGAGGUAAUAUUUUCAACUACAACGCGACUAGACGACUAACGAAAAUCACAAAUUCGUAUCGCGGUGUCGCUUUGACAGCUAGUUCAAACGAAAACAAAACGCAACUGUUACUUUGUGUAAAAGCUGAAAGAAAGCUACUUUUUCUCAAACUCAAGUCAAACGCCUUCAAGAACAUUUAAUUUUGCUAUUUUUAGUUAAAAAUGAGGUGUUUUUACUGGAAGGUUUUUAAAAAAAAACUUUUAUUGGAAAGUGAUUAAAUCGGUUGUUUCGUCUAUGUUUGCGCGUAAACUUUACCGCGAUAUCGAAUUUGCAUCUCAGCUUGAAUGAAAAACGGAGCGCAACUGGUGAAGAAGCGCAAAGGUAUUGGAGACGGGCACAGGAGGGUGUUUUUAUUGACGUUAAACGACUUCAGAUUUGUAUGCUUUGUGACGUCAUAAUAUUAUGUCAUGCCACUCAAGCUCCCAUAUCUCAGGCACUAACUGAUUAAAGCGUUAGGCUUGUUUUAGAGUCACGCUAACGCACGCUGACCGUCAGCGCUGACAGCCGAAAUGUAUGAAGCGUCGGCGCCGAGCGAUCAGCGUCACUCAGGAACAACGUUCCCUUCAAUUACAUAUAAUUAUAUUGAUCUGUCAGCGCCGACGAUCAGCGAGCGGUCAGCGCGAUUCUAAAACUCGCCUUAGACCUAUAAGUAUCACAAUUAAUUAAAUAAAUUCCAUUUUUAAUGCAAGGGAGGUGAUUCAAACUAUUUUGAACGAAAUCGAAGUUUUGACAAUCCCUCUCUUGUUCUUUUCUUAUUUAUUAAAUUGACACUAUUGUAUCUUACAAUAAAUUAUCAAUUUUAUCACACACACUUAGCUAGUCUUAUAUAGCUGGGCGAAUUAUUUGUAAACAUUUUAUAAUAUUACGGAAAUUAAUCAAAAUUUAUUAUAAGGGAUAGUGUGGCAAAUGUUAAAAGCUGUUUCAAACAAAAGUUUUAGAAACCAAUUUUUGUACGAAAGACGGUACCGUCAAGAAUCAAACUAUCAAGAUAAAUAGGUACUGAGGCAUUCGGCAUAUUAAUAAUAUAAAUGUAUGCUCUUUUGCAAUGUAAUGUAGUCCAAUGUGCUAUACAUUGAGAAGUAAAAAAAUGUAAUGAUUUUCAGAAAUUAUAAUUAAAUAUUUUGCCAAACUAUUUCUUACACUCUAUAUUGUGUAACGGAAUGCCUUGAUAAAUGAGUACGAUUGUACGAAGUGGGUUGCGAAAAAUAUUUUUGGAUUGCAUAUAAAUUGGUUAGAAGAUGUGUAUUUUUGAAAUUGAUGGGUAAAUUGGCUUUCUCAUGAUAAUAGGCGAUAGGCUGCCUAAAAUAAGUUUUAACUUGCAGUCCCAUUCUAAAAGCAAUAGAACUAUAUCCCAAAAUGUAUGCUAUUUAGCAGUAGUGCCAAAACAUAAUCUUGUAAUAUGUAACCUGCACAUUAUGUAAUAUUAUCAAACAAUACUAUACCAAAAUAGUUAUUUAGCUGAACUACUUAGUACAGUAGCAAUAUGUAGCCCGGUUUUGAAAACUACAACGCAACAAUACUUUCAAAUAGCAUCUGUAGAAAAUUGUAGAAGAAUUAUGCCCGUUAUCACAAUCAAUCCCUAAUUUUUAAGUGACCCAUAUGAAAACAAAAUUUCUGUUAUGUGUUACCAUAGGGGUCACUUAAAAAUUAGGGAUUGGUGGUGAAAAUGGGCAUUAAUCAAAUAAAAUGUAACCUACAGUUUUGCAUGCGAUUUGAAUAUCUUCUAUGGACAUUCCAGAGCAUGCUGCAUGUCUUUUUUUUCUAACUUCUUUUAGAUGUUGCCUGUUUUUUUUUGUUUAAUGGUAACCAAACCUCUGAGGUUAUAAACUUAUUUUUAUUGAAAGAGUUCUGAUUUUUUUAUUUUGUCUAUUUUGCUGGUCAACGCACAAAUAGCUUAAUCCAAGACUGUAGCGAAAGUAAGCAGAGCUUGGCGUAAGGAAAGUGAGAUUAUGAUAAGGAGUUAAUUGUUGUAUUAUAUUAUGUAAGCAUUAUUGUAAUUUGCCACAGACAUGCGACUUUUUGUAGUGCUCUCGUUUCCACUAAUUUGUUUUCAAGUUGUGUCUUUGACUCAUUCUGGGUUAAAUACCAGCUAGGCGGGUAAACUAGGUCAGAUUAUUCUACGUUUAGCGAAACGUGGUCCCCUCUCGUUAUGCAUUUUUUGAAAUGGUAGGUACUUUAUUUGGCAUGUUCGUUCAAGUAUGUAACAAGAAUCGCAAGUCUGUGGCGUAUUGCAUGAAAUAUCAAAGCAAAUAUAUAUUUUUACUCGCUUGUUAGUAAAUACAAUGAAUGCCAAUUGUUUUAUUGGAAGUGCACUUUUAGUUGUAAGUGUAAUGUAAGUAGGUAAGCUAAAAUAUUGAAUGCGAUUUUGUACUAAGACAUUAAUGUAUACAAUAUCAACUAUAAUUCAAUAUUUUUAAAUAAUUUAUGCUUUUGAAUUAUGAUAAAUUGUUUGUUAUAAUACUUUAAAUGUUUUAGAUUAUUUUUGAAUUUUAAAUGUUGUUACAAAAGUUUUGUUGCACAAUAUUUCAACACAACUUUUCAAACGAAGUUACCUUUUUGAUGCACAAUUAUCUAGGUAUGUAAAAUGUAAAUCCCAAACUUUUGUUUUCUAUGCAUGAUGUAUUUGGAUGGUUUGAACGAGCUGGUAUGCAAAAUAAACCAUAAUUAUUCUAAUAAACAGUCAUUAAUUAAA